CACACGUUCAUCCUGCACAGUCAAUGUCAGGCAGUUUAGACGGACACCGAGGUCCCUGACUGUGAACUAGGGGUCAGUGGUGGGCUCGUCCGGGUGACCGAAGGGUUAAGUAUUUUUGUUUUGAUUUGUUUUAUUGUCCCGCGGCCCCCUCCCCCUGGGCAUCAGCGGGGAUGAUGGCGUCAGCGUGGCCUGAGGGGCGUUAUAAAUACCCCCGUGGAUUCCCCCAGCUCGCUCAGAGAGGCUGAAUGUCUGCAGGACAUGCUCAACCUUUGUCAAUCCAUGUUUUUUUCCUAAAUCACACCUCAGCAGUACUAGUCGACCACCAGAGGCAGCCGCAGUAGAGAUUUCACCCAUAGGUGUACCGAGACAGACCCGAAGCUCCACACACGUCACACUGAAGGCUCUAUGACAACAGCAGCUGCUCCUAGGGGCCAGCGGCACAGACCAUUUCAGAGCAGUAAAGCUGACCUGCGCUCAGUCCCAUGUUGAGCGGUUUGCAGCGGCUGAUGCGGCUUUAGCUUUUUAGAGGCAGCUCUGCUCUUUCUCCCCGUCUCCCCCUCCUUUGCUCGUUUCUUCUGUCUGAGAGUGAGUAUUUUUUGUCACUGAAACAGAGGAGGACAAGAAACAUUUUUGGAGGCUCUUCUACAUUUUCUAGAGGGUUUUGCUUUCCCAGUCUCCCUUUUUUUUUUAACAUAUACCUCCAGCUUGCAUCUAUUUUUUCCUGCCUUUCUACCUUUGACUACUAUUUGAAUUACUGCAACCAUGUGGGAGUUCCGGUCCAUGUCUUUCUGGCGGGCGGUGUUUGCGGAGUUCUACGGCACAAUGUUCUUUGUGUUCUUUGGCCUCGGGGCGGCCCUCCGCUGGACCACCGGGCCUCACAACGUUCUCCACAUCGCCUUCUGCUUUGGGCUGGCGGCCGCCACGCUCAUCCAGUCCAUCGGCCACAUCAGCGGAGGACACAUCAACCCAGCCGUCACCUUCGCCUACCUGAUUGGCUCACAGAUGUCCCUGUUCCGUGCCGUCUUCUACAUCUGCGCCCAGUGCCUAGGAGCCCUGGCUGGUGCUGCUGUGCUGUAUGGAGUCACACCCAACAACAUGAGGGGUAACCUGGCUCUCAACACACUGCAGCCUGGCAUCAGCCUGGGCAUGGCCACCACCAUGGAGGUGUUCCUCACGCUGCAGCUGGUCGUCUGCAUCUUCGCCGUAACAGAUGAGAGGAGAAAUGGCCGCCUGGGCUCUGCUGCCUUGGCCAUCGGCUUCUCUGUCAUUAUGGGCCAUCUCCUGGGGAUGUACUACACCGGAGCUGGAAUGAACCCUGCCAGAUCUUUUGCCCCUGCAGUGAUGGUCAGGAACUUUGCGAACCACUGGGUGUACUGGGUAGGUCCCAUGAUUGGCGGAGCGUUGGGUGCUCUGCUGUACGACUUCAUGCUGUUCCCCCGCAUGCGUGGGCUGGCCGAGAGGCUUGCUGUUCUCAAGGGCAACAGGCCCCCAGAGACCGAGGGCCAGCAGGACACCAGGGGAGAGCCCAUCGAGCUGAAGACACAGGCCUUAUAAACGCCACACACCUGACCCCGACACCCCUCACACACACACACGCACGCACGCACACACACACACAGACACCUACAUCUACAUACCUAUACCUUCACCCAAGUCACACAGUCACACCGAAAAAAAAACACGACAAGAGACAUUAACAUCCCCCUGUACUCAUGAACACACACGCAUACGCUCAAAACACAGGUCGCUCACACUCAAUCCCCAUACAAACACAAGCAAAGAAAAAAAACAUAAAAACAGAACCCUCUUCCCCCCCCCCGCUGCGCCAUCAUCCCUUCCAUCCCGCUUGGGCCCCUCACCUCAGUGCUCCACCCAUCCCCCCACACCUUCCCCCUGGGACUGCAGGACAAAGAUGGAGGGGGCGAGAGGAGGACUACCCCCUGAAGACAGCACUCGCUCUGGGCCUGCUGCUGAUGCAGGGAAAGGGGGUCUGACCUGGCGGAAAGGGCCAGUCGAGACUCCUCAGGACAGGGGCAUCUUUCUCAGAUGUAGACUACUAGGAGUGAACUACAGUAGAGCAGUGGACUUCUGCAUGCUUCCACACCCAUUCC